AUGGCGGCCCCGCGACCAGCUACAAACAAGAUCAUUCAGUUCAAGCUCGUGCUUCUGGGCGAAGCCGCCGUCGGCAAAUCCUCCCUUGUCCUCAGAUUCGUCAAGGGAGAGUUCAAGGAUCAUCAAGAAUCAACAAUCGGAGCUGCCUUUUUAACACAGACGGUCUGUCUUGACGAUGUCACUGUCAAAUUCGAAAUCUGGGACACCGCCGGACAGGAGCGAUAUCACAGUCUUGCGCCAAUGUAUUACAGAGGAGCACAAGCAGCGGUGGUAGUUUACGAUAUUCAAUGUCCAGACACAUUCAGCCGCGCACAGGCCUGGGUAAAGGAACUUCGUCAACAAGCAAAUCAAGAUAUUGUGAUCGCACUCGCUGGCAACAAAGCUGAUCUCGCCGCAAAGAGAGAGGUCGAAACAGAGGAUGCAGAAGUUUAUGCCAAAGAAAAUAAUCUUUUAUUCAUGGAAACGUCGGCCAAGACUGCGCUUAAUGUCAAUGACCUCUUUUUACAAAUAGCUAAAAAACUCCCAAAGAAAGAAACACAGUCCGGAGCAGCUAACAAUGUUAAUCUCGGCGAGUCAUCGAAUCAAAAGAAACCAUGCUGUGGAUCAAACUAA